AUGAACUACCGUCCUCUGCGUUGGUCCGACAUUCUGUCUCUCCUUUCAUUCACCACCCUUCCCCAAGACACCCCAGCCCCUUCCAACCAUCCCAACCAAUCCCACCAUGACGUCCGGCCACGCUUCGUCGUCCUCGUCGUCUGCCCACGCUUCUUCGUCCGCGCUAUCUACAAACACUGCGUCCGGCUCGGUUUCGACUACCCUCCCCUCCCCUUUCGCGUCAUCCCAAACGCACCCGACGACCCACGAUACGCCUGGCGCGCUGACCUACGCGGUCUGGGUGCCCAACCUUCUCGCCAUGAACGGCCGCGCGACCAGUGCCUGAUGACGGUUCCCGUGAUUCGAGACACCUCCCUCAAGAGCACGGUCACCAACUAUGGCGUUCCCACCAUUUCUCUUCGCACUGAGGCGACCUAUGACCGUAUUCUUAUAGAACUCGACAGGUGGCAGGAGGACUGCGCCAAGCCCCCACGCCGAGGUGCGGUCAAGGUCACUCGCGGCCCAUCGCGUGACCCCACCAUUGUCAAUCCCAUCAUCAAGGAUGCACGCACCCUACUUGUGCAACUCAAGCUCACUGUACUGGGGCUUGCAGUGGUGAAGCCAAGUGAAGGGCUCAGGGAAGACUUCUACCGCGCCGCAAAGACAGCAAAGGUUGGCACUGCUGCCGUCCAGCUAGGGCUCGAAAUUGAGGACCCCAGCAACUAUGAGACGCAGCUCGACGCCCAAGAAUGGGACCGCCCUUUGGAGGUCAUCGAUCACACAACUCAACUCACGAUGACUCCAAUCCACCACUACUUCCGCAAGCAGCACUUCGAGAAGCUGAAGGCGUGUUUCGGCAGCCUCCUGGAGCAGAGGAAUGCCCUCGCCGGGUACUUUCGCGAUCUGGCGCUCAUCCUCGACAGGGAGGCGGCGCCAUUCAAGGACGCCAUGGAGGAGAUGAUUUCGCACCCGUUUGACCCCGUGAUCGAUGGCAGGAACUACUUCAUCGACGACAUCUGUACCGGAGUGGAGGUGGUAACCGAUGUCGACAGCGUGUCCGCAGAAGGUCAGGAGGAAACGGGCAGCGACCACCGGGCGGGGAGUGGCAGUCAGCAUUAG